GUUAAAUUAAUCGAGUGACUUCAAAAAAUUCUUUGAAGAUCUUGAUUUGUUUGUACUCGUGUGGGUACUACUUCUAACAGUUCUAACUGUAAUGCUACUAUAGCAGUAGAGCACUAGCCAGUGGCCACUAAUGUCUAAUACUGUACAUAGUGUACAGCCUACAGAUAAAAGAAGUUCAGUGGCAAAAUAUAUUACCCAUUCUAUUCUAUUAACAACCAUCUCUUUUUUAUGAUAGCAGCUGAUCGACUAAUUAAUAUUAUUUUGGAGGGCAAAUGUUCAACAGAUUUCCGGGUAGCAAGUGUUGCAAUAGGACAAAAAUUGUGUGUGCCAAAUGCCAAUUUCGUUGUGACUUCCGCAGGAUAAACUGCGACGGAAAAACUUUAUUUAACUGUUAUAAAUAAGUUUUUUAUGAUCUUAGUAAAUAUAAUAAAACAAGUAUGUCAUCGACGAAAAGACUACUGCAAGCUCUGAUUAUGGGUGCCCCAGGUUCUGGAAAAGGAACUGUGUCUGAACGUAUAGUCCGAUCGUUCGACAUGCUACACGUAUCCAGUGGUGAUAUUCUACGGAAAAUGAUACGGGAGAAGACUGACAUUGGCAUUCAAGUCAACAAAUUUGUGUCUAAUGGUCAACUUGUACCUGACGAACUGAUGUUGAAAACUAUUGGAAAUGAGUUGAACCGUCUAUCGUCCACUGAUCGCAGCUGGCUGUUGGAUGGCUUCCCCAGAACCAAACCACAAGCAUUGAGCCUAUUCAAAAUAGCACCUGUCCAAGUAGUUAUUAGCCUUGAUGUACCCUUUGAUAUCAUCAUCAAUAGAGUAAAAGGUAGAUGGAUACAUGCGCCAAGUGGACGAGUCUACAACACAGAUUUUAAUGCACCUAAGGUACCCGGUCAUGAUGAUAUAACUGGUGAACCAUUGAUGCAACGCGAAGAUGAUAAACCAGAAUCUGUUAAGAAACGUUUAGAAAUAUAUUCUGAGAUGGCUGGUCCUAUUUUAGAAUACUAUGCUGAGCAAAAUAUUUUAGCGAAAUUCUCAGGAAAAACUACCAAUGAAAUUUGGCCUCAAGUUUACAAAUACUUGGCUACCAAAAUUGAACCUAAGGAAAAACUUACAUAAGAUUUGUAGGUAUAAUUGUUUCAGCAAAUAUUUUAAUUGUUGCUCUAAUUUUAUUGAUAAAUUGUUUAUAUAAUCAAAAACUUAUAUAUUUUAUUUAUUAUACACUACUGUUCUUACUUGAUACUUAUUUGGUGCUAUACAAAGAAAUAUAAAAUAUACAAAUUAUAUUA